ACCUCGAUUUGGAAUUUUCUUGUCAACAGAGACGCCUUUUGCAAAAUCUUCAAAGAUUAGCAUUAAUUAGUUACACUUUUAGCUUCAAAAUGGCUAAUCUUGGAGUGAAUGAACAUCAUCAAGCUCAGGUUGUUAAUUACAUGAGAUUUACCCGUUAUCAAAGAGGUCAGAGGUUAAGAGCUGUGGAGAUGUGUUUUGAAGAACUCAAGAACAGCAGGUUGGAUGAAACGACCUACACCAUUGAUGAGGUGACGGACAUGUUGGAUGGGCUGCUAUCAGUUGUGAUGGGUGAAGUGGAGGGGGAGUUAGAUAACACUGCUUAUACAAAUGUUCUACUACUGAGGCAGAUGUUUCAGCAGGCAGAAAAGUGGCACCUUAAACUGCAGGCAGAUAUCUCAGAAUUAGAAAAUAGAGAUUUAAUAGAAACUAUAGCAGACUUUGAACAAAAGGAAUUUGCUGGGACAACACGAGACACAGAUUUUAACAGUGUAUUAAAGAAAAUGAAAUUAGCUCCAAUCAAUGAAUCUGGAGGAGCAGCUCUACUACACAUGAAAAUUGAGGAAUUAGAAAAAGAAAAUCUUAAACUCUCAGAAAAAACAAGACAAAUGGAGCAACAAGUCAAAGCAUUAGGAGGAACAGUGGCUGCUAGUGCUGUUACCUCCUCUGUUGCUGGGAGAUCAAAUCAGAAUGAUGGAGAAGUGGAUGAUCUAAGAAAGAAAUUGUCCAGUCUUGAAUCAGAUCUUGAUAGUACAAAAAGGAGCAGUGCCAGUUCAUCAAAUGCAAUGGAGAAAGAUUUAGUGUCAACAAAACAUGAGUUGCUUCGAAUUAGAGAAAUGUUGGAAAUGGCAGAAAAGGAACUUGAGAAGAAAGUCAGUCAAACCAACCCAUUCAAAAAUCUGAAGCAGAUGCUGAUGAAGAAAAACGACCAACUGAAGGAUCUCAGAAAGAGACUAGCAAAAUACGAGAAAGUUGACGAUGUUGAGUAACAUUUGGAUGGUGAGAUCUACAUAUCUGGCUGUUUUAUAUCUGAAGAAAAAAUGGGCUAUGUUUAAAUGAUGAGAGAAUUUUCUUGGAAACCUGUCUCCCAAUAGACUCAGCAAAAAAUUGUACUAGUAUUAUUGUUACUUUUUUCAUAGUAGUUACCUCUAAGAAUGAUUGUGUGGAGGGGAAAAAGAAGGUUGUUUGAUAUUUAGUUAGAGUGUACAGUAACUUGCUUUCUUGAGCAGGAUGAUGCUAUUUGACAGAGGGACUUUUUAAGAAAGUCUUUUAUUUGAUUUUUUUCUGUGAUCAUAGAUAAACUUCAUGCUACGGAGUAUUUUCAGUAAAUUGAUUGUUGUCCAUGAAUUUUGAUGUGUAAAACAGCAUCCUUGGAAUUCCUGUCAAAUUCAGUCAUUGUUUUAUUUAAUAUUUAUUGUCAUAUCUGAGAAAAAUCCCCCCUCUCUGCGAAAUAACCAGAAAGCUCAAACUCAAAUGACAUACUGUGAAAUCACUAUUCUUUGUUGGGGUUUAAUUUUCGAAGUUUUUGAGGUAUGAAGAUCAAAUUCAUGUCCACAACGAAAUUUAAAUGGUUUCACAGUAUUUCCAAAGACUUAAUUUCACAUUCGAUGAACCUUGGGUGAAUAGAAAAUAAACUUAAAACAUGGUGGAAAAUAUCUAAAUUAAUGGUUCAAGUUUUUCAUACAUUGUUGGCUUGUAAAUUCAUUAGUAUGGCAUGUGAUAUCCAUGAAAGGUAGUUUUCUGCAAAAUACACUAGACCCCCACCCCCCAAAAAAUACGACAGAGUACAUGAUAAAUGAUAAGCACAAAACAAAUUAUUAUAUUGUACAGAAAGAAUUUAUUCUUUUUACUCUUAGUUUACUCUAAAGUAAACUAUUCAAUUAUUUAAAAGAAAUAAAACAAGACUGA